AUGGACGCCGAACGCCCCAACCUAUCUACUACCUUACCAAGGAACUUCAUGUUCCAUUACCGUGACGGCCCGGCUCCACAAACACCCGAGCCAGAGCCACAACCCGAACAGCUGCAACCGCCGCCACCGCCUCGACAAGUGCUCAAGGUCCGUCGUCGCCGUGCCACCAUGGCCUUGAACCACGACAGCAUGGACGCAGUCAUGAACCAGCAACCCAUUCCAACCAUUGAGGCCCCCGAGAUCAUGUCAGAAACUUCGAGCGAUCUGCCACCAUACUCACUGCCACAAAACGACGCGUUCCUGUCUCCAGGAUUCGGCUUCAGCCGUAUCCUCUCUCCUCCCAAGACUCCUGUUGCGCAGAUGAGGACCAUCAGCCACUACGAAGGACCUCAGGACUGGUCUGACGUCCCACAUGUCAGUCAGAGUGAAUCAUCAAGCAGACCUACCUCUUCGUCGGGCUUCUCAGACUCGUCUGUCUCGUCCUGCGAUAGCAUUGGCUCAUUCAUGUCGCGAAGCGGCAGCUGCACCAGUCUAGAAGACGAAUCAUCAGACCCCUUCGCGUUCUGCCCACCCACGAACAAGUCUCAACGUCCGGCCUCACCUUCGAUGGCUACCCCACAACCUCGCCCUGCUAAGAAGCUAAGAUUGAGAGCAUCCUUCAACCAAGAAAUGGAUCACCACUUGUGGAUGACUUACAUGAAGUAUCUCCAAGAUCCUACAGUGACGCCGUUCAAGGCUCUGCCGAGCACGACUCCCCCGAAUGGAGUAUGCCAUCGUGUGGCGAGGAUGGCCCGCAAGACCUGGAAGGGCCCAAAGCACACUCGCGCUGGCCCGCACGCGACCCCACAAUCCCACCCCCUGACUGGUACACCAAGUGCCCUAAGGUCGAUAAGGAGCGGCAACAACACACCUAUCACUCUGUCAAGCAAGUCAUCAACACGCUUCCCUAGCGAGAAGCAAUGUCGAAAGCGACUACGAGACUUGGCUAAGCAGAAACCGACUCUGUCUGCACACUAUCAGCGUAUGCUUCGUCGAUCGCCUUCGCCGCUACAAUCCUCUCCCCCACCUGAGCCAGAGCCGCAACCGAUGCAACCGAUGCAACAGACGCAACAGACGCAACCACAGCAACAAGAACAGCAACCGUUGUCCUCGCCGUUCGGCUCUACUAGCUUUUCCACAAGGGACAUGAAUCUGUCGCUGGCUACAAGCACCGCAGCAUCGAUGCAGUUGGGUAACCCGUUGUCGCAACUUACCAAGGAUAUAACACCGAGACCGUCGCCGCGAACAUGGUCAAGUGCGCGUUCUUCUGCUCACCAGAAGUCGCAAUCGCUCCAUAUCGGCCUGGGAUUGGGCAACGUGCUAGGCUCACCAUUCCAUGCGAGGUCUGAGUCUACCAACAGCAAGAUGAACCAGAGCAACGCGCGAACGUGGCACGCGCAGUCAUCCUCUUCCCAAACACCACGUCUCGGCUCGCCUUUUCAACUGCACGCGCCUCGACCCAAGUCGAGGGUGUUCAAGCGACGCGCACUUCACAACAGCUUCGAAGAUAGAGCACGAAACCGCGGAGAGAGCUUCGUCAACGAGAUAUUUGGGGCACCAGCCGAGUCAAGCCAUCGUCGUGUAAGGAGCCGUGGUUUCAGCUUGGGCGACAUGAUGGAAGGUGCCCGGCGACUACCUCUAGUCAACGACCCGUCAGGGUUCAACCCGUUCGCACAUGCUGGAUCUGCUAUGCCUAGCCCAGCUCAGACCUCGCCUGCUGUGCCAGCAGAUGUUCAAAGUAAAGGUACUGUUCGACUAGGCUCACCAUUCGUUGGUCGAUCAAGUAAUACCUUUCCUCGAGCGGCACUCUCGCAUAGCUUCGAGCCUCCAGCUUCAUUCGAACAGCGUUUCGCCGGCAUGCCUAGCGACUCGGCACACCUAUAUCGAUCGUAG